CUGAGAUAAAAAUAGAAAGGAUUUCCCAGUUCCGGAUUUCCCGUUUUGCACACGAAACAUUACUAUUGUACACAUGGAAAACUGACCAGCUGAACAAAACAUUAAAUUAAAAGAUGGUGUUAUCGUGCAGAUUUUAUGCAAACAAGUUCCCAGAGGUGGAAGAUGUUGUCAUGGUCAAUGUGCGAUCCAUUGCCGAGAUGGGGGCGUAUGUUCAUUUGUUAGAAUACAACAACAUUGAGGGCAUGAUCCUGCUGUCAGAACUGUCUCGAAGACGUAUCCGUUCCAUCAACAAGCUGAUCCGAGUGGGAAGAAACGAAUGUGUUGUUGUCAUAAGAGUUGACAAGGACAAAGGUUACAUUGAUCUGUCGAAGCGCAGAGUGUCACCAGAAGAAGUGAUGAAGUGUGAGGAGAGAUUUGCAAAGGCAAAAGCAGUAAACAGUAUUCUGCGCCAUGUUGGUGAGUUGCUACACUACAAAAAUGACACCCAGCUUGAAGACCUGUACAUGAAAACAGCAUGGAUGUUUGAUGAGAAGCUCAAAAAACCUACAGCUUGUUACGAAAUCUUCAAGCACGCUGUUACGAACCCGGCAACUCUUGAUGAAUGUGAUAUUGAUGAGAAUACGAAAGAGGUUCUGUUGGAAAAUAUUAAAAGAAGACUAACUCCACAGUCAGUCAAAAUACGAUCAGAUAUUGAAGUAGCCUGUACAAAUUACGAAGGGGUAGAUGCGGUAAAACGGGCUUUAAAGAAAGGUUUAGAAUUGUCAACAGAGGUCAUGCCUAUCAAGAUUAACCUCAUAGCCCCUCCCCUGUACGUAGUGACUACACAAACAUUAGAUCGAGGGGAAGGCCUUAUAGCGCUUAACAAAGCCCUAGAAGCUAUCAAAGCCAGUAUAGAAGAAGCAGGGGGCAUGUUUAACAUACAAUUACAGGCCAAGGUUGUUUCUGAUCUUGAAGAACAGGAACUUGCCAAGAAGUUGCAAGAUUUGGAGGAUGAGAACCAGGAGGUGGAUGGAGAUGACGAUGAGGAAGACGAUGAUGAUGAUGACGAUGGCAAUGAUGAGGAUAAAGACAAAAGUGAACCGGAAGAUGAAAAGGGAGAAUGAAGUGCUUGAUUACAGUGUGACUUACUAGGGGAGACAAAUAUAUACCUAGGAUUGAUGAGAUCAAUACAUUGGUUGUAGACCUUUCAAGUCAACCAAUAUGGCAUUUGUUUGGAAUAGAACUAAAAUUUAUCUAUAAAUGACUUUACUUGGAAAGGUUAAUGCAAGGCCAGAAUUGCAAUCUAAAUUGCUAUUUAUGUGUUUAAACAGCUUAAGUUUAUUACAUCCGCAGUUUAUUACAUGAUUUCUUUGAAAGUGCUACUUCUAUCUUGUAAUGUUUGGAACUAAUGACCUCACUUAAUUGGUUAUUGUUCACGAGAAACUGUAAUUUGUAAAUAUCAUAUUAAAUUAAUAAAAACACUGAAAAUA